AUUUGGCUUCAACUUCUCCCUCCUCCUCCCCAAAGCCUCCGAUUCCACUUUUCAAGACAGGGCUGGAGUUGGAGGAUCUGAAAGUCUGGGAAGUGGUCAGGAUCCCAAAGAGGAACGUCAGCCCUGGCAGCUCCCAGCCCUGCUGGAGAUAAACAGAGACAAACUGGGGAGGUGCUUGGGCCCCCCCAGGGGUCUUGGGGAGACCCCCCCCCCCUCUGCCUGGUGUCUGACCCACCCCCCCAGCACAAACCUGCCUAUGGAGCCCCAUGUUGGGGGGGGCAAGAGGUGCUGGAGCUCCUUCUGAGCCCUGUCUGGGGCCCUGGCAGGCAGGGUCUGCCCAUGGGCUGGGGCAGGGGAGAGGGAUGAGGCGGGGGGGGGCUCCUGCCUGGCCCCCUCCUCCCAGCAGAGGCCACCGAAGGAGCCUGAUCCCUGAGGCAAAAAGAGGCCAAGUCGUCCCCGCUGGCCCUGCCACCCAGAGGAAAACCCCGCGGGUUUUGGCCGGGGACUCUCCCCGCGUGGCAGGAGCCCUGCCCGGGCUCCGGAACUGGGCCAGACCCGGCGAGCGUGGCGAGGAGUCCCACCAGUCUCAGAUCCCAGUUAGGACUGGGAGCUCCUGCCGGCGGGGCUGGGCUCCCUGGCGCGUUUCCCUCCCCGCGGGCUCCGGGGGAACCGAGUUCACCCCAAACCACAAUUGCUGCCGGCGCUGCCGGAUGCGCUGGAAAUAGCCCCGAGGGGCCGGGGGCUCCUCCCGGGCCGUGGCCACCGACCCUAUAAAAGGAGCCGGGGCCGCAGCGAACCCAGAACCCGCACAAGGAGGCACCAUGAGGGUCCUGGUGCUGCUCACCCUCCUGGCCCUGCUCGCCCUCGGUCUCUGCCGCAGAGCUCCCGACAGCUCCACCAGCACCGGCGACGACUCUCCCAGCUCCGAAGCUUUCCUGUCCAGACGCGCCAGCUCCGCGAUGGUGCGAAGACACAAGAGGAGCUACAUCUAUGACAGCGUCUACGGGGCCGCGCGGGACCCGCUGGAGGCCAAACGGGAGGUGUGUGAGCUCAGCCCCGACUGCGACGAGCUCGCCGACCAGAUCGGCUUCCAGGCGGCUUAUCAGCGCUUCUACGGGCCCGUCUAACCCCCCCGCCCGCUGCGGACCCCCCCCACAACCCCCUCCCACAGCCCCCCCCCCAUCGCUGCCCCUUUCUGUUCACUGCGGGGAGAAAUA